AUGACGGAAUCAUCUCCCUCCUCUCCCCAUUCGCCGCCCAAGCCGCAAGGGCCGCCUCACGAUGCCCCUCCAUCGGACGGUGAUAGUGGCCUCGAAAUUGAUUCAAAUCCGACCACAGAUUAUCAGGACGAGUUUGCGAGCGACACCACUUCCCUCAACUCGAUGAUAACAUCUUAUCGGUAUGAGAAUGGCCGACGGUAUCAUGCUUACAAAGAGGGCGCAUAUUGGGGACCAAACGAUGAGGAGCAGAAUGAGCAAUUAGAAAUCGCCCACCACAUGUUCACUUUGCUCCUUAAUAAUAAACUGUUCCUUGCACCGAUAGGAGAUCAUAUCAGGAGAGCCCUCGAUGUCGGUACAGGCACUGGCAUAUGGGCAAUUGAUUUCGCAGAAGACAACCCCUUGACUGAAAUUAUCGGCACUGAUCUAUCUCCUAUCCAACCUGGUUUUGUACCACCGAACUUGCGAUUCGAGAUUGAUGAUGCGACUGAAACAUGGGUUUAUCCGGAGAAUCACUUUGACUUAGUCCACGUUCGGUCAAUGUAUGGGGCAGUAGCCGACUGGCCUGCCUUCUACCAAAAUGCUCUGAAGACAUUGCAGCCAGGUGGAUGGAUCGAUCAACUGGAAAUGUCUAUCCAAUUCCGGUCCGAUGAUAAUACGGUAACCGACGACCAUGUCCUUGCGCUCUGGUCUCGGCUCUUCAUAGCCACUGGUGAGCAAUUUGGCAAAACAUUCCAAAUUGCGGAGCGUGCCAAAGGAUACAUGGAAGAAGCCGGUUUUGAGAACGUGACUGAGCGUCGUUUCAAGUUACCCAUUGGUCCAUGGAGCAAGGAUAAGAAAUUGAAGAAACUUGGGAUGUGGAAUCUUGUUCACUGCGAGAGCGGUAUUGAAGGGUGGGCAAUGGCGCUACUGACUAGAGUGAUGGGCUGGACAUAUGACGACGUCCAAGCGCUCCUGGCUGAGAUGCGCAAAGGCCUUCGGGAUCCAAACAUCCAUGCUUAUUUCUAUGUCGUUGGGGUAUACGGCCGCAAACCUCAAAAUUAA